CUGCGCUGGCCGGGCGGCGCUGGCCGCUGCAGCUGGCCCUCAGCCUGUGAGUCCCGGGCGCCUGGAGCCGCUGCGUCCUCGGAGCUUCUGCGGGGCUGGGCUCUCCGUCCUCGCAUGGCGUCCUAGGCACGAGCUCACCGUGCCGGCGGGGGAACUUGGCUCCGGCCCGCAGCGCCGACCCGCGCGGAGUGGAAGCUGGCCGCCGGGCCCGCGCCGCCCCGGGGACAGCCGAGCGCAGCCAGGAUGGCCCCGGAGUCUAAAAAGCUUUUCAACAUCGUUAUUCUGGGAGUGGCGUUCAUGUUCAUGUUCACCGCCUUUCAGACCUGCGGGAAUGUGGCGCAAACUGUCAUCCGGAGUCUGAACCGCACCGACUUCCACGGCAGCGGCUACACCAGCAUGGCCAUCAUUUAUGGAGUGUUCUCCGCCUCCAAUCUGAUCACGCCAUCAGUGGUCGCUGUUGUAGGACCUCAACUCUCCAUGUUUGUCAGUGGCUUAUUUUACAGCAUGUACAUUGCCGUUUUUAUCCAGCCUUUCCCGUGGUCCUUCUACACGGCCUCCGUUUUCAUUGGAAUCGCAGCCGCUGUACUCUGGACAGCACAAGGAAACUGCCUGACAAUCAAUUCAGAUGAGCACACUAUUGGGAGGAACAGUGGAAUUUUCUGGGCGCUCUUGCAGUCCAGCUUAUUCUUCGGAAAUCUCUACAUAUAUUUCGCCUGGCAAGGGAAAACUCACAUAUCAGAGAGUGACCGAAGAACAGUGUUUAUCGCCCUGACGGUGAUCAGCCUCGUGGGGGCGGUUCUCUUCUUUCUCAUUCGGAAACCAGACCCAGAAAACAUCCUCGGAGACGACGACUCUUCCGACGGCCAGGACCUGGAAGUCACUGAGUCCGCCCAGAACACUAUGACCAAGGCGGUAGAUGCGUUUAGAAAGUCUCUUAAGUUAUGUGUCACCAAGGAGAUGCUCCUUCUGAGUAUUACAACCGCGUACACAGGUCUGGAGCUGACUUUCUUCUCUGGCGUGUAUGGGACCUGUAUCGGAGCUGUAAAUAAAUUUGGAACAGAAGAGAAAAGCCUCAUUGGACUUUCUGGCAUUUUUAUCGGCAUUGGAGAAAUUUUAGGUGGGAGCCUCUUCGGCCUGCUGAGCAAGAACAGUCGUUUUGGCAGAAACCCCGUUGUGCUGCUGGGCGUCCUGGUGCACUUUGUAGCUUUCUACUUGAUAUUCCUCAACAUGCCCGCGGAUGCCCCCAUCGCCCCCGCGGAGGGAACCAGCAGCAGCGCUUACAUCAGAUCCAGCAAGGAAGUGGCCAUUCUCUGCAGUUUCCUGCUAGGGCUGGGUGACAGCUGCUUCAACACCCAGCUGCUGAGCAUCCUGGGCUUUCUCUACGCGGACGACAGCGCGCCGGCCUUUGCCGUCUUCAAGUUUGUGCAGUCUAUAUGCGCAGCCGUGGCGUUCUUCUACAGCAACUACCUUCUCCUUCACUGGCAACUCCUGGUCAUGGUGACGUUUGGGUUCUUUGGGACGAUUUCCUUCUUCACCGUGGAAUGGGACGCUGCGGCCAUUGUGGCCCGGGGCUCUGACUACCGGAGCAUCUGACCGGGUGCCGGCGAGGGGAGGCAGCGUCUUCACGGAUCCAGCCGGAUGCGGAGCCUGGCGGAGGAAGCUGCCUGUGGUGUGUGCAGGAUGUUGGAUGAUGUGCGGUAGGGAAAAUCAUGGAAUUGCGACUGUUGAACCUGCCAGAGCUGGCGUCCAGUUUACAGAUAUUAGCUAUUUAAAGUAGAACAAGGGGAACCUGCCCUGCCAGUUGCCAUUGUUCUGACCGUUGUUCUUCACUCCGUCUGUCCCGUGUUCCUUUUGAUCAUGUAAAUGUUGUCUCCUCUGCACUGUUCGUUCAGAGCCCAGGAGGGCCGUGUGUCCCAGGGGGUGCCUGUGGGGCGUGCAGUGCGCCUCACCACGCCAUAGGCAGCUGUGCCACCGCGCGUGUGUAUCCGGGAAUGACGUUUAAAUAAACAGCAGAUGCAAAAUGCAGUCCCACCCUUGAAAGAAUGUCUUCCUCCUCCAAAACUGUUCACAAGUUCCCUUGCAGGGUACUUCAUGGCAGGAGGCGGCCAACUCAAGAAGUAUAAAUGAGAUAAAAAUUGUCUGAACCUAAUGUCUAUAAAGGAGCAAACAACACACUUAAGAAUCAAGCACUUAACCAGGGGAGAACUUCUGUUAGUAAAUUCUCCUGGAAGAUGCAAAGCAGAAAAGAAAUCCCCAGACCGACCCGUGCCGGGCUCUGAGCUGCGGCGGUGGACCGCGUCGUUUGCGUGCCACACGUCCGCUUGUGUCCUCCUGUGUCGGAACAGAACGUGACCGCUUGGGGAGGCGCUUAAAUGCUUCACUCUCUCCCUGUGAGCUUGCUUAAAAUGUGCUCGGAAUUGAGAUUAAAUUUGGAAACCUUGAAAUUCACUCUUCAAGUGGAUGGUUUUUUGUUAUAUUCACAAAGUUGGCCCACCAUCAUCAUUGCCUGGUUCCAGAACAUUCUCCUGGCCCAGGGAGAACCCCUGCCUAUGAGCAGUCACUCCCCUCCUCCACCGGGCACCACUCGUCCUCCUCUGGAUGGCCUGUCCAAGAGUAAUGCUUACCUGCACAGGCAAGGAGCUCUGGCAGAUAAAUCCAGCCCAGAGGGCAAGUGGUGCCUGAGUUUUUUUUUUUCAUCUGCUAUGAUCUGGGACUUGUGUAGUUGGCUCGCAGGUGUGACGAGCCCGGAGUCCAGGGGAGCGCGGUCUUGGGGUUUUGUUGGGGAGUCAGAGUCGCAGCCUCCAUUGGUGUGCAGUUCCGGGCUCUCCUGUGCUGGGUUGUGGGGUGUUGGUUUCCCUCGGAUGGCUUGGUUGACUCUGUAAGAAUUCAGCACAUGAGAUUUGGGACCUGGCGCAGUGGCUCGCGGUGUCUUGAACACUGUCGUGUUUGUGCGGGUGCUCUCGUGGUCUCGUGCAGUGUGACGGAUUUCCCCUGACACUGAGCCGCUUACAUCAGCACCCAUCUCAGCCCGCGGGUCUGCGGGUCAGGAACCUGGGAGUGGCUGAGCUGGGCCCUCGGCCCACGGUUCCUCUUCAGGCCCAGCCUGGGUGUUGGCCGGCUCCUGGGGCUCGCUGCUCAGCCUGUUGGCAGGAGUCACUUCUCCCCACGUUGUAUUAAGAGUCUUAGCUUAUGGCCGCUGCUGAAUACCGGCCUCUGUUCCUUGUCACAUGGAGGUGUCCUCUGGGCCACUCAGCACGACAGCUGUCCUCAUCAGAGCGAGGCAGAAGCCACUCUAACCUUCAGCCCGAGAGUGACGCCUGUCGCUCCCGUAUUCUGUCUGUCAGAUGCACAUCGCUCGUUCCAGCCCACACUGCAAGGCAGGGGGUUACUCAGGGGUCCCAGUGCCGGGAGGCAGGCAGAUGGGGACCACCUUGCAAGGCUUCCUGACACACUGGGGCUUACACUGAAGGCGAGAACUGGGUCCCUCGUGCUCCCUGGCUCAUCCCAGCCUCCAGGCUGCGCCGGCAGAACAAGGCUGAGCAGCCCCUGCCGGUGCCUUGGGUGUGUGACCCAGGGAGGGCGCAGCGUCUCGCCACGCGGGUGGGUUCCUUGUGAUUGGUGUGAAGGGGAGAAGCAGCGUGAGGCCGCACCCCUGGCUGUGUGCUGGAUUGUCAUUUUAAGUUCUCCAUGCAACUGUUUUUUUUUUUUCCAGGUCAUGUUUUUACUUUUUUUUGUCUAUUUAAUGUCUUAUCUCAGUGGAUUCUAGAUGACUGGAUAAUGUUAAGGUUGUCUUUUGAAUUUUCAGCAUUAAGAAUGAAAUAUGACAAUGAAAUAAAGAGUUUAAUUUUUA